GCCGAGGGCGGGGCGCGGGGCGGAGCGCGGCGAGGGCGGCGGUCCCGGCUCCUGCUGCCGCCGGCCGGGCCCAGCGGGGACGUGUCGCCGGGAGAGGACGGAGCCAUGAGCCGCCUGCCCCCGAGCGCGGCGGCGCUGCUGCUGGCGCUGCUGGCGGAGUGCACGGAGGCGAAAAAGCACUGCUGGUAUUUCGAAGGACUCUACCCGACAUACUACAUAUGCCGCCCCUACGAGGACUGCUGCGGGUCCCGGUGCUGCGUGCGGGCGCUCUCCAUCCAGCGGCUGUGGUACUUCUGGUUCCUCCUCAUGAUGGGCGUCCUCUUCUGCUGCGGAGCCGGCUUCUUCAUCCGGAGGCGCAUGUACCCGCCGCCGCUGAUCGAGGAGCCCGCCUUCAACGUGUCCUACUCCAGGCAGCCCCCGAACCCGGCACCAGGAGCCCAGCCACCGGGGCUGCCGUAUUACACUGACCCCGGAGGACCCGGCAUGAAUCCUGCCGUGAAUCCCAUGGCGAUGGCUUUCCAGGUUCAACCCAGCUCACCCCAGGGGAGCGUGCCCUACCCCCCGCCCCCUUCCUACUGCAACACGCCCCCACCCCCCUACGAACAGGUGGUGAAGGCCAAGUAGCGGGGUGCUGCCCGGAGCCGGCCUGGGCGGCGCUGCGGACACGGAGGAGCCGUCGCCGGCCGCCCGCGUCCCAUCAGCGCUGGCUUCCUGCACGGUCUUAGGAGCCACAAGGGCACGGCCCUCUUUGACACCCUCAGAGCAAGCACAGCCCCUCCCGUUUUCUAUAGAUGACCAAUCUCUGCACUCGCCUCGUCCUGUUUCUGAUGUCGCCUGUGCUUCAGCAGAGUGUGGACAGCCCCCGAGGGCUGGCCCCCGAAGGUGGCGCGCCCUCAGCCUCAGGCAGGACUAGAGGAGGGAGCCAGUGAGGGCCGGGCAUGGGGAGAGCACGGGAGACGCCUCCCCCGCUGGAGCCCCGGGCCAGGCGGCUGCUGGACUGAGGCCCCACAGGGUCAGCUUUGGGGGUCUCUCGUCCCGUCCGUUUUCCUCUUGAAGAAGCUGCUAGAGAGACGUUUGGUGAACAAGGACCUCCCGCGCUUUCUGUCUCCAUCGCUCCCCAGAGAGGAGGGACACCCCUCUGCCCAGCCAGGGCCGGGAGUGAGGGCCCGGGUGGGUGCCUGCAGUUGCCUGCAGGUUACUGAGGAACGCUCUGUGUUCGUGGGACAUCGCUCCGCGCCUCGAGCCGGGACGUGGCAUUUAGGAGCUUGUCUGACUUGGGGAGAAAUCGCGUUCCCCGCUUUUUAGUGCAUUUAUGGAAGUGCGUGCAGAGCGCUGUCCUCCUUUGAGGUCGGACUCUCAUCAGUGUCUCCCCGGAGUGUCAGCAGCUCCCCCGUCUUUGAUCGCAACCAGCAGUCUCCACACCUCCCCAGCAGCUCUGGCCCCGGGUUUUGGUGAAGGACACUUUCAAAGCAAAGGCACCUCGGCGGGCGGGUGGGCGGGCGGUGUGUGGCCUGUGUGGUCAGCAGCUGUGUGGGCUCGAAGAGGAGCUCGCUGAGGAAGACGGGACUGCAGGGAGAUCGUCACAAGUCCCCGUAGAUUCACUGACAACUUAACCAAUGUGCGAAUCAAGAAGAUGCGGUCAGGAUGCAAACCUGGCUCAGAACCCCUCCCCAGGGCUGUGGGCAGCCCCCAGGAUUGCUGAUGGCCGUCCUGGGGUUGCGGACAGUGAGCGGGAGCCCCGUUCCUCUGUGCAGUUAGUGAUGCCGCUAGUGUGUGUGCGCCCAGACUGAGCCCUGCUGGCUAGUGCGUAGGAAGGGCAAGGCAGCAUAGCCAGACCGUAGGUAGAUUCCUGUAUGUGUGGCGGUUCCACGGUGGGGGUGGGGGGUGGAGGGAGCCUACUUUUGAAAUGAACUAAUUGGAGCCUCUUGAGAAAUACUCAUUGGACUGGAGCAUCGGGACAUGUCACUGCAGGGGCUGCCGGUGGUUUCUGUUCCCCAGGCCAGGAGUCUUGCUGUCCCUGGGCUCCGGCCUGUCUCCAGGGCAGUGGCGAGGAGUCAGAGUGGGGCCAUUGUCACUGCUCAGAGGGACCUUCCUGGGAGGAUGGAGACGCCUGGGACCAAGCCAGCGCCCUGGGGAGCAGUUAGUGAGCGCAGACUCAUGCCCGUGUCUUUGGUCACCCUCGUGCGACCUGUGAACCCCUGUCCCCGACUGCAGGCCCUCCGCACACCCGGGUCCUCGAGUGAAAUGAGUUGACAAAGCACAACAUUUGCUGUUUACAACCAACGACAACAAGGGUCUAAAAGUUCCUCUUCCUCCAGGUCACAGGUUUUGCAUUUUUAACUUCAAUUGGCCCCUUGGCUUUUUUCUUAAAUAACGAAGCUGCCCGGCCCUGGACCAGGUGCGGGUGAAGAGGCCCCACCUCUCCAUGCAGAAUCUUACGUACCUUUUGGAUAGCAAGAGCCUGGGCGGUCUCAGCAGCACCGGCAGUUUUAUAUCCCACGUUUGUGUAAGAUACAUUUUGUUGCCCCUAGAACUUGGGCGAGAACCUGCUCCACGGGGGGGAGUCCCUCUUGCCGAGGUUCGAGCGUGGGUGCUCCUGGCGGGGAAGCCCCGGAGAGCCGGAGGUGAGGAGGGAACUGGGGGCAGACUGCGCACGUGUCUGCAGCACGUGGCUCCGUGCUCUUCUGUUCUCUUCCACAGGGUCCUGUUUCCUAUGUUCGCAGAAUAAAAACGCCUUUGGACGUGU